UAUCAAUCGUGAUACAGAUGGCGUUGGGAGGUAUUGAACAACACCACAAGCCGCAGCGGAACGUGAGCUCUUCCCGCCAAUUUGAACACCCACACCACUGCCACGAAGAUGAGGGGUGGAAGAGUGGGAGAUGUGGUGACAAUGGACGCGGUGAAGGCACUUGGUUGUCACAAGGCUGUGAUGAUCUUUGGCCCCCAGGCACAUCGACGCAGCAUUCAAGGGACGCUGGUGGCUCGCAGCGAAGAAUCACGGGGAAGAUGGGUCGUGGAGUGGGCCGAACAGGACAUUGGCCGCGCUGGCAUGCGAACAGAAGUGAGUGCGCGCUCGUUGCAGCUGGCGCAAGCGCCACCACCGCCGAUUGGACGUGUCGCCUCAACCCCAAGUGCACCAGCGCCACCCUCCACGCAUGCCCCAAGCACUGUGACACCCGACAUGCCGCCUGUGCCACCCCAGGGCCCAACGUCCCCCACAUCUCAUGCAGCACAGCCAGCUUCAUCGUUGGAUUCCCCACGCGCAGCCGAAGCCGUUCAAGCGCCACCACCAGCCCCGGAAGUGCACCCACCCUCCAGUAUUGUCCCCGCGCAUGCCACAAGUUCUCCCGACAGCAUGGUGCCGCCAACUCCACCCGACCCCGCAGCUCUUCCUGUCAGCGGUCCCGAUCACACGGCACCACCCCCUUCCUCACAACCGGCCACGACAAUGUCACCCAGCCUUCCACUCGACCCUCCCGGUGCCGCCGCAUCCGCGAAUGACACAGUGGUGAAGCAUGGUGUUGUGUGGACUCGAAGGCACGACACUGUCACACUGACAGGCCCGGCCCACCGUGAGCAACACCGCUUCUCGUCGGGACUUGAUCUUCUGACAGCUGCAGACACGCGCGAGCCACUCCACUACUUUCUGCACAUGAUGCCACUACAGUUCAUCCGCGAAACAACCGAGUUCACGUCGAGAACGUUGUUUCAGCAACGCCAACGUCCUUGCACGGAACAUGAGGUCCUCAAGACAAUUGGGCUACUCGUGGCGUGCUCCGUCUCCGGCAUGUCAAACCUACGCGAGAACUGGAGUGGAGGUCACAUGUUCAAACCCUCCCCACGGCUCGGCGACCUUUCUGGGAUGGGCGUUCGGAGGUUCGAGGCGAUCCUGGCGGCGCUCACAUUCUCUGAGCGCGAAGCAACGGACAACGGGUUCAGAGCCUUUGCUGACCCUCUCAUUCACAUGUUCAACACCCAGAGAAGGCGCAUUACCCCCGGUCACUUCCUGGUGAUUGAUGAGUCGAUGUCAGGUUGGCUGGGUGGCUGGGAAUCGGAAGGCGCGCCACCUCACCGAACCUACAUCCCUCGCAAGCCUGUACCCAAAGGGAUGGAGUUGAAGAAGUUGGCGGAUGGCGAGACAGGGAUCAUGCUCCAACUCGAACUCCAAGAAUCCAAAGAUCAUAUGUACGACUGUGAUUACGCUGCCUUUGGCAAUGCAGCUGCAUGGCCUUUGCGAUUGACAAAACCCUGGCAUCACACUGGCCGCACUGUCCUGGGCGACUCUGCGUUCGCGAGUGUUCAAACCGCACUUGCUCUCAAGCAGCACGCAGGCCUCGGUUUCAUCGGCGUGGUCAAGACAUCAACACGCUCGUUUCCUCAGAAAGAGCUCGAGGAAUGGGUUGGCGCGCAUUCCGGCGAGGAAGCGACAGCGACAGCCAACGUGCAAGGGGUUCCACUGAUCGCACAUGUUUGGAGAAACUUUGCUGCAAUCCGGUUCGUCGCCAGCUGUUCAUCGACCGAGCCGGGCGAACCCGCAAGGAAGCGCGCAAAGACGUUCUCAAGUGGCAACUCGAGCACCAGUGAGAGCGCUAGUGGCAGCAUCAUCGGCGUUGAAAGCAACAGCGACACCAACCGUGCCACCGAUCCGCCACAGCUUGACUCUGCUGCUGGUGAUGAUGAUGAUGAUGAUGAUGAUGAUGAUGAUGAUGAUGUUGAUGACGGCAGUACCGAGAAUGAUGCACGCAGCACCUCCGAACGUGUAAUCAGACGCAGCACACUGGUUGCCAAUUAUCAGAAGUACUCGAACACUAUUGACGUCCACAACCACAGAAGACAGGCGUGCCUUGGAAUUGAGCGACAUUGGCGAACCCGGCAGUGGAAGAAUCGCUUGUUCUCGACCAUCUUAGGUAUGUGCGUCGUCGACGCCCACCUCCUGUAUCAGCACCGUACAGGCGAGCGCCUGUCUACUGAGGCGUUCGCUGUGCGGCUUGCUCAAUCCCUCAUCAACAACACACUCAGUGGCCACGACGAGGGCCGGCCAGCGCGACGAAGGCGCCAGCUUGGCGUGCGGUCAACAGUGUCCCGUCCCACUCGUGUGCCCCCACAACACGUGCUUGUACCGCUGCAGGAGCUGCCCGAAUAUCAACGCAGUGGUGCAGCCAAGUACCCGCGUCGGCACUGCUCAGAGUGCAAACGCCUCACCCUCCUGUUCUGCUUGUACUGCCAUGUUGUACAUGCAAAGGUUGUCCCUGUGUGUGGCACCAACCACCACACCUGCUUCAUCGCGCAUGCCGACCGAGAGGCAGACGAUGACGACGCAUUUUAGAAUUGUUGACAUGAUUUCAUGCGCGAACAGAAAAAUGGAGUAAAUGUUCAUGGAA